AUGUCAGAACAAAGAACUAAAUAUGCAGAUAGCAUAUUGACCACGAAAAGUCCCUAUCAGGCUACUGAAACGAUAAGAAUCAGACUAUCACAGGUCAAAUUGUUGAAUAAAGACUUUUAUUUGCUAUUUCGGGAAUUAGCAAAUUUGAAAAGAAAUUAUGUUCAGCAAUUGAGGAAAAUAAUAGCUGAAAAUGAGGAUAUAACAAAGAUUCUAAAUGCUCAAAUGAUUGAAAGCAAUGUUUUGACUCCCCAGGAAAUGAGUGCAUUCAGAUUCGACUCAUUGGGAGAGUUAAGAAAUGUAUGGGAUACUGUAAUUGACGAACUGAAGUCGGACUUGAGGUCAAGUACUGAAUAUUACAACACUUUAGAUCAUCAAGUUGUUCGUGAAUUAAAGGAAUCCGUCGAGAACAAUACUAGCUGGAGAGAAAGUAAGGAUUUACACUCCAAGCUCAGUAAAAACGCGGCCUCAAUUGAGCAUUAUAGUAAAACUAAUGAAAACUCCGUACAUUUGGAAGAGGCAAGAAGACAAUGGGACGAACAAAGCCCUUAUCUGUUCGAGUUAUUUGAGACGAUUGAUUAUAACCGUUUGGAAACUUUGAAGAACUGUAUGUUAAGAUUUCAAACCGGUUUUAGCGACUAUUUGUUGAACACAACAAAUGAAUGUGAAACGGUGAUGACGAAAUUUUUGGCGUUCGAACCUCAAAGCGAAAUUGAUCGAUUUGCGAGAGAUGCAAGUCAAUACAACUUUCAACUGUCCUCUUCUUCUAAGGAAACCAUUCCUAAUGAUGCUUCGUCGGCGUCUGUCGCAGGUGCUCGUCCAACCUCUACUCCUGAUGGAGCUCUAAACACCGAAAGAGAAAAGAAAUCUCCACAAAAGGAUAAGCGUAAGAGUACAUUUGGAAACAUUGGCCAUCGUCUUGCCUCUGCGUCUUCUACUCUUACCCAUGGUGAUCUUAUGAAUAACGAAUUUUCAGACUCUACUAAUAAUUCUUCCUUGAAAUCAAAAAAAUCUUCCCAUACGCUAAGAUCUAAAGUUGGUUCGAUUUUCGGCAGAAACAAGGCCAAAAAUAAGAGACAGCUACAAUCAUCAUCAAAUUCCCAUAUUGAACAAUCUAUCACAGAAUCUCCAAAUAACUCUUCUACCAGAGUAUCCUCUACCGCAACCUCUUCUAUCUAUCAGAAACAACGCCGACCCACUUACUCGUCUUCAAAAUCUAACAACUGGACUCCGGUUGAAACUAGUGAUACUCCUCCCCUUCCUCCUCAUGCUACUCCUAAAAGCGUAGACGUACCUGGUGGUGCUGAUACAGUGUCUGCAUCCAUUUCCCCACCUGCUUCAAUGCCUACUCCAAUACUGCAAGAAAAUUCACAUCCAUCUGCAAAAGAACCUGACUCGAAUGAAAUCCCUAAGACGAUACCAAUAACAAUUUCACAACCCCCACUUCAGCCACAAUUUAAAACUAAACCACUUCCAGUUAAACCGUCCUCUCCUAGUGUUCCAGUUUCUACUGGUACUGACGAUAAUCAAUCUUCAACACAAAUGGAUUCAAGACCCUUACAUAUUCGGGCACCUGCCUUACCACCCUCAAGGAAGCAAAAUUUUAUUCAUAACAGGGAUUCCCAGCUAUACGAAUCAUUGCCUAAUCAUGGAUCUGGUCCUAUUCCUACUUCUUCUUCGUUUUCCUCCAUACCUCAAGAGCGUCCGGCUUCUACGCUUUCUUCCCAGAUUACUGGAGAGUUAAGGGAAUUGAAUCCUCAAGCUACAGGCUCUUCUACGUCCUUAAUAGGACAAUCGUUGUUUCAGCACUCUUCUUUAGAAACAUCCCAUUUUGGGUUAAAUGCUAGUAUUGCAGAAGUUCUUAACGCUUCUUUCAAAGAUGGCAUGUUGCAGAGUUCCCAACUAAUUGGAGAAAUUGCUCUAAACUACUUACCUAAUUCUGUCAUGAAUUCGCCUUUACCUAUCGGUAUCAACUUGAAAAUCGAUAAUGGCGCUAAGUUCGAAAAAGUUAUCUUGAACCAAGCCUUUAUUGAGCGUGUGGCACCUGAAGAAUUUAAAGUUAAUCCGUCAUUUAUUGAUUCUAGAACUUUAGGCGCUAUUAAAUAUUCUAUAAAGGAGCCAAUCGCCCCCAUUGUUAUCCAUCCAGUCUGGAGGUUUGAACCUCACCAGGCGAGCGUUGUAUUAACUGUCAAGAUGUCACCAAGCUUACCCGAGGAAAUAUCACAAAUCAUAAUUGAAGACCUUGUUGUCUUCGUGAAUAUUGACGGUGCUAAUGCAACAAGUGCUUUAUCAAAACCUCAGGGCUCUUUUAGUAAAGAGAAAAAAAGAAUAACGUGGAGGUUCAAAGAACCGGUUACCUUGACAAGGAAUGGCGAAGGUCAAAGAUUAAUUGCCAGAUUUAUUACAGAUGGUCUCGCACAUGAAUCUCUUAAGGGAGUGAUUACCAAAUUCACCAUCAGUGAUACAGACAAUACAGUAUUACCUCACAGUGGGGCUGGCAGUGGAAUUUCGUUGACCUGCCAAGAAUUGGAUGAAAAUAACCCAUUUGGCAGUGAAUGGUUCAAUGUGAACACAAAGAGAACCUUGACCACAGGUAACUAUCAUGGUCUGGCUUAG